AUGAAGAUCCUUCAGCUUCAGCUCUAUGUAUUAAUCUGUUGUCAAGCUGCAGUUUCAGAUCUAUUAACUGGUUUGGGAUCAAAUGUGAUCAUAAACUGUGAUCUUGAUGAAAAUGAGGUUUAUUGGAUUUUACUGAAAACACCAGAUCCUCCGACAGUGAUUCUACGAUCAUUCUCAACACCAAAAUCACCUUUUUACUUUAACAAAACAUUCAGAAACAAAUAUUCAGUGCAGUUUAAACAUCGUCUGGUUAUUAAUAAUGUGACUGCUGAUGAAUUAGGAGUUUAUUACUGUAUGAACACAGAAACACCUCCAAAACUCAGCAACAGCACCAGACUGCACUUCACUGAAUCAGCUCAUCUAACUGAGUGUCACAAUCAUACAGUGGUGGAGUUUAUUGAUCAGAAUCAGACACAAUGGCAGAUUAUCAUCAUCAUCAUAUCUGGCCUGAUGAACGGACUUCUGAUCAUUGUGGUGAUUGGACUAUUAAAGGUUUAUGUUGUUGGAAAUAAAAGAUCUUCAGAACGAGCACAACAACUCAACACUGAUCUACAGCAGAUGCAAGUUACAGAACAGCAUCAGGACCAAUUACAGUACGCUGAGGUGGAUUUUUCCAAGCUGCGUAGAAAUAUUCGGACAAGCCAAGUCAACAGCAUCUAUGCUGCUCUAAAGCCACCAAGACAUAACACAUGA